AUGGGAAGCAGUUCAACUAAACCUAAAGAAAAAGAGAAGAACAAUUUAGCUAAACAAUCAGCUUAAUUAAAUUAGGCUAAACCUUAUGAAUACAAAAAAGAGGAGUCAACGAAUUAAUAAAAUCAAACCUAAGCUAAUAACUCCACAUAUAAUUUACAAAAUUGUAAUAUUUAUAUGAUAAAACCCAUAAAUAAUUUACUAGCUAACAAGAAAAUGUAAGAGAAUAAUCAUUUUAUUCAACCUAAACAAAAACAAAAUUUUUAAAAUUUACUCGAAUGUCCUGAAAUAAAUCUACCUAAUCAUAGUAACUUCAUCUAUUAAUAGUAACAGCAACUUUUUAAUUUUGAUCAACAUUGUACAUUAUAGGAAGCAAAACAAAAGAUAGAUCAUGAAGUAUCAAAAGAUGGAUUUUUAAAUUGUAAUAGAUACUAUUAAUAUGAUAAUUUAUAGUAAAGAUAGAAUAAUAAAAGAGCUAUGUCAAAUCAAAAAUAAUAGUAAGAUGCAAAAUAAAAUUAUUAAAAUGCUGAAAAAGUUUAAUUCUCAGUUAAUAAUGACAAUUCUCAAUAAAUAGCUUAAAAAUUAUUUCCUCCAACUCCUCCAACAUUACAGUAAAUUUAAUAAUAAAGUAAGAAUUAGGAAAAGAGAUUGAAACCAAUAGAAAUUAAUAAAAUAUAAGAAAAAGAAGAUGAAGAUUAAAUUUAUAUCUACAAUUAAAUUUUCAAUACUUAAACCUAAGGAAGAUUUUCAAAUAAAUUACCAUGUAAACAUUCUCAAUGCAAAACAAUUGCAACUAUAAAUGCUAAAGGAGAUGUUGGAUGUGAAAAUAAAUGUCCUUCUUAUCCAAUCGAAAAAGCUAUAUUUAAUAAUAAAAAAAAUACAAUAUUUUGUAUUAUUUAGGAUAAAUAUUAUGAUGUCAACAUAUACAAUUAAGUAGCAAAUUAAUUGUAAUUAGUUCAAAUACUAAAAGAUUCAUUAUUGUGUUCUAAUAGAAGUUAAAUUGAAUAGGAUUAAUUCUAAAAAAAAUUUGCAAGUGUCAUAUGCAAAUAUGUUAUCAAUAAAGUAAGAUAAAAUAAUUAAUGA